UUGGGCUCCCUGCUGAACUGUGACCUGGGAGAGGAUGAAGAGGAGGCAGCCUGGAUACUUCAUGAGCUCUGCAGGUCAAGGCCCCAGAGUGGAGGCAAAGUGAAGAAUGUGGUGGGCUACCCAUCAACUCCCGUGCAGAAGGGGGACUGUCUGUUUGUCUCUACCUUCCUUAACAUCUACCCAAGGCACAACACCACUUGGGAGGUGCUGGAGUUGGUAAUGAAAAGGUAUGGACCCUUCCAACCUGACAGUGAUGAGGACGAACUUGAAAAGAUCGCCAUAAUGUACUUUCUAGGACUGUGGAUUGAGGGCUGGCCGGAGGAUUUUUAUCAGAAUCUGGACCUGGCCAGACUGAACCAGCUGAUGGACUAUAUAAAUCUCAACAUGCCUUCCUCAUUCCUGGUCAUUUAUGUCCGUGAGCUCCUGUCAAAAAUGGAGGAACAGAAGUCUAAGGAGGUGAUACCCCAAAAUGAGAAGGCCUGUGAUCCGGAACCUUCCGGGGCGGCAGCUCAUGAAUUCCUAGCACAGUUUGCAACAGGGAUGCCAGAGACCCCGGAUCCCAGGCCAGCUUCUGCAGCAGAGCGCAGCCGGAGCUGGCACAGCAAGAGGUUGCCGCAGAGCCUCUGCUCCUGGAACACAGUGUAUCAGUAGCUGAGCCAACACAUCUCCUGACGCUGCCCUAGAGGAGGAUCAGCCCAUAGCAGCCGACACAGAGCCACCUCCAGAUGGGGCUGAGGAUGCCCCAACUCCUGAGCAGGUGUUUCUACCUCCUGCCAUCAAAUUGGAAGAAACAGGCCACGUUUCUCCUCCACCUGAGGAGGUUAAUUUACUGUCAGAAAAUUUUAGCAUCACCGACUGCAUUCCACCCAACACCACCUGCAGAGCAG